AGAGAGGCCCGGAGAGCCCUUAGACGGUGAAGAUAAACAAGCGAGAAGCAAGGGAGGAAAAGCGAGCAAGCUGGAUCAAGAAGUGGGGCGGAAGCGAUCAACAAUGGCCGAUGCUUGCUGGAUCCACGUCGUUAUCGAGGCCGACAACGGCGACGACUUGUCUUCCUGGGAGAUCGUUAAUUCCUCCUCCGACGAUGACGCAAUCGAGGACUAUUCGUACGAUGACGAUGACGACGACGUCUACGUGUUGGAAUCCCCGUCUUCCGAUCUCUCAGUGCAAUCUCCGCCAUUCGAUCACGCCGAUCUGAAAGUGGAUCAUCAUCGCCGUCCUUGCGAAGAAGAUUUGGGGGAACACAUAUCGAUAGAUGAACAGUUUGGAUACCAUGGCUACGGCGACUACGAUGACGAUGGGGAGGAGGACGAGAACGAGGAGCAGGAGGAGUGCGACGAUGACGGUUUGGACGAUGAGUUGGUGCCGAAGAGUGUGAGCGAUCGAUUUGGGAGGGAAAGGCUGAGGAAAUUGGGGAAGAGGGCGUAUUCAAAGAUGAACAAGUCGAAGAGGCUGCCCUACUUGUCCAAUCGCCCUGGCUGUGUACGCGGCAAGCACGGCCUUGGCUUGAAAUGGUGAUUCGUUGGGUUCCUAAUCUUGUUUAGGUUUGUAUAGCUGUCCAAUUUGAUUAGCUCUGAUCUGGAUUUUAUUUUACUUCCAGGUUCUUGUUGUUUCGUUGUAUUUCUGAUGUCUAUGAAUUUUAAUUUGCGCUAUGUAUGUAUAUAUUACUAUCUUAUUUUUUAAUUUUAGGGUUGAUUCGUAAA